GAAUGUUGGUCCUCAGCAGCACCAAGGAGGGACCUGCAAAUUAGCAAGAAGAAAUAAUAAAAAAACAAUCCCUGCUCAGCCCUGGCUGUUUGUGGGAUGGAGCAGUGCAACCAUUUCCAAAUGCAGCAAAGACAGCACUGAUGGACCAGACAAGGCACCUGCUGCUAGGGAACCCACCAAAACUGGCAGCACCUCAGCAAGGGCAGGAUCAGUCCCUGACAUCUUCCCGACUACUCCUGCCGGAGUCCCAGCCAGACAGGCACUGCAGGGAGCCUGGUUUCCCUGGCAGCAGCAUUUCAGAGAGCCCUCGGACCCCCAGCAGCAGCCACACCUCGGGGUGCUGUGGGAGCCCUGCAUUCCUCGGGGAGCCCCCCUGACAGCACCUCUGAGCACCUGGGAGGGAGAACUGGGCCGUGUGAGUUGCUUACUUAGAAUCUGUACCCUACUCAAGGAGGCUUUAAAGGAGCAUCAUCACAUCCCACCAUGAACGGGUACCUGAGCGAAUCCGAUUUCCUGAUGGUGGAGGAGGGAUUCACCACCAGAGACCUCCUGGAGAACCUCCCCGGGGAGCUGUGCCAGGGGAGCGACCAGCAAGCCUUCUUCGUGGCAGACCUCGGGGAUGUUGUGAAGAAGCACCUGCGUUUCCUGAAGGCCCUACCCCGGGUGAAACCCUAUUUCCCAGUGAAAUGCAACGGCAGUGAAGGAGUGAUUCGGCUGCUGGCAGAGCUGGGGGCAGGCUUUGCCUGUGCCAACAAGGCUGAGAUCACCCGGGUUCAAGGCAUUGGAGUGCCAGCUGACAGGAUCUUCUACAGCAGCCCCUGCAAGCAGGUUGCCCACAUCAGGUACGCGGCGAGGCACGGCGUGCAGCUGAUGACCUUCGACAACGAGGUGGAGCUGAGCAAGGUGGCCAGGAGCCACCCCCGUGCCAGGAUGUUGUUGGGGAUCUCCGCUGACUCCAGCCCUUCUGUCCACCCGAGCAUGACAUUUGGGACCACGCUCGAAUCCUGCCGGCACCUGCUGGAGGCUGCCAAGGAGCAGGCUGUGGAGGUGGUUGGCAUCAGCUUCCACCUCGGCAGCCGUGGCCUGGAGCCCCAGGCCUUCGCUGAGGCCGUGGCUGCAGCACAGCUGGUGUUUGACAUGGGCACCGAGCUGGGCUACCAGAUGCACCUCCUGGACAUCGGCGGGGGCUUCCCCGGCACCGAGGACGCCAGAGCCCGCUUCGAGGAGAUCGCUGCCGUGGUGAGCUCUGCCUUGGAUUUGUACUUCCCGGACGGCUCCGGGGUGGAGGUGGUGGCCAGGCCGGGCCGGUACUACGUCACCUCUGCCUUCACCUUCGCUGCCAGCAUCGCCGCCCUGGAAGAGGUCCCCGUGGAGCAGCCUGGCUCUGAUGAGGAGGAGCCGGGCAGGGGGAAGAGCCUCGUGUAUCACCUCAGCGACGGCAUCUACGGCGCCUUCAGCUGCCUCCUGUUCGACAGCCCCUGCCCCAGGCCUCGGCUGCACAGGAGAGCCUGCCCGGAGCGCCCGUCCCGCAGCAGCAGCCUCAGGGGCCCCCCCGGGGAUCGCAUCGCCGACGGGCUGGAGCUGCCCCGGCUGCACGUGGGGGACUGGCUGCUCUUUGGGGACAUGGGGGCCUACACCGUGCCAGCCUCGCCCCAGCUCGGGGGGUGUCCCCAGCCACGCGUCACCUACGCCAUGUCCCGCCUGGCCUGGAAAGCCGUCCAGCUCUUCCAGGGAAAGCCCCCCCAGGCGGAAGACGAGCGUGAGAGCCUCUGCACCCCCCUGUCCUGCGGCUGGGAGAUGGCAGAGACCCUCUGUGUCCCCCCCGUCUUCGCUCCCACCGGCAUCAUCUGAGCAGGGACGGCACGGGGCGGGGGGAAGACCCAUGGAGGGGAAAGGGCUGGGAUGGUACCAGGAGGGAAAAGGUCCUGCAGUGGGAAAGGUCCCUUGGUGGCACUGGUGGGGGAAAGGUCUCCUGUCUGUGCUGGAGGAGGGAAAGGUCCCACAGUGGGAAAGGUCCCCUGGCAGCACCAGGGGGAAGGAUGUGCCCUCCUGCUCCUGGCACUCCCCCCGGCACUGCACUGGGAACUUCCAAGUAAAUCCUGUCCCAUGGAUCCUGCCCCAUAAAUCCUGCUCCUCCA